UUCACUCUUCUGUCCAUUGAAAUUCUCAAAAUCCCAAAGCUUUUCUUCUCUCUCUUCCGCACAGUCUCGGAGCUCCUCUUUCUUCCUCCAACUAGCGGCCAGAGAAAAGCAUCCACUUCCUUUCUCAAUCUUCUCCCUCACCGUCACUUUCCCUAUUCCCUCAAAGUUUUUCUUUAGCUUUGUGUUGAAUUGAUGGCGUCCAAGUUGCAUCAGUUGCAAUCCAAGGCUUGUCAAGCUACUCAAUUUGCUUGCAAACACGGGUCUUCCUAUUAUAAGCAGUUACUGGAGCAGAACAAGCAAUAUAUCCAAGAGCCAGCUACUGUGGAAAAAUGCAGCUUGCUUUCAAAGCAAUUGCUUUAUACUCGGCUUGCUAGCAUCCCAGGUCGUUAUGAAUCAUUCUGGAAAGAACUUGAUUACGUGAAAAACUUGUGGAAGAACAGACAGGAGCUGAAAGUUGAAGAUGCCGGCAUUGCGGCCUUGUUUGGGCUGGAGUGCUUUGCAUGGUUUUGUGCCGGUGAGAUCGUAGGAAGAGGGUUUACAUUCACAGGUUAUUAUGUCUGAGAUCGUCCUCAGUAAUUUAUGGAAGGGAUAAUGACAAUGACAAUGACGACUUCCCUUUUCUUUUCUGGCGGGUACUCCGCAUACAAUUUUUUUUCCUAUUAAUUGAGGAUUCUGUGAGCAACUCUUAGUAGAUUUAAUAAUAAUCAAUGAAUUCCGAGGGACCAUGAGGGAUCCUAGCGUUGUUUUCAGUAAUUUGCAUAUUCUUGGUGAUCCAGUUUUGAAUUCUAA